AUAAAAUAUCCCUUUUAUAGUUAUAGGUAUUUUAAAAAACUACAACUUGCAAUAAUAUUUGAAAUAUUAGAAAUAAUUUUGUUGAUUUAUUUUUCUAAUCAUAUAUUAAACUCACUCUAUUUACAUUAUUUUCGGCCGCGUUUUAUAAGUUAGUAUGAACGGACGAGGUGAUCAUUUAUCGGAAAUGUUGGAAGUGUACGUGUGCACCAAACUUUCAGAACCCGAAAUAAAUUCUAGACGAUACAGAAGAGGAAUGACGAUCGGUGACCUGAAGAAUAAACUGGAAAUGGUUACUGGUCGGUCGGCCGCUACGAUGUUGCUGUCGGUUUAUGACAAAGAAAAUUUGGUAACCAAAAUGGACGAUGAUGAUUCACAACUGGGUUCGUAUCCUGUUGAAAACGGCAUGUUCUUAGUGGUUGACGAUCCGGCUUUCGAAGAGUCCAAUGAUGUGUUUGAUGGCUAUAAAAUGACUGAAGAAGAAUAUAAUGCUAAACAAGUAGGUGCACUUUUUGCACUAUUCAAUUAUUGAAUAAGUACCCAGUCUUAGUAAUUUUUGUCUAAUAUUUAACUUGAUAUUUUUUUCAGGAAACGUUAAAGAGUUUUUUGAAAAUGAACAAGUUGGGUAAAUACAAUCCGGAUUACCUUAAAAAACAAGAACAAGAAAAUCUAGAAAAAGAACAACAAGAAAAUAUCGAAAAAGAACUCAUCAACAAGAUGAAAAUUGGUCAGAGGUGUUGUAUCCGUUUACCAAACAAACCUACCCAAUUUGGUACUGUCAUGUAUACAGGACGUUUAGAUGAUAAAAAUGGUUAUUGGGUUGGUGUGAAAUAUGAUGAACCAUACGGCAAACACGAUGGCUCAUUAAAUGGAAAACGUUAUUUUGAAACUCUUCCUAAAUAUGGAUCUUUUGUUACACCUUCGGCGAUUGAAAUUGGUGAUUUCCCAAUCAUUGACGACGAACUCUAAGCAUUCCUUGUUAUAAAUUAUUAUUAUCGUUCUCAUUGUUUCCUAAUACUGAUGAAUUAGCACUAAUAAAAACUUCUUAAUAUACCUACUUUUUUCGUAUUUUUAAUAUUUUAAUAAUAUAGUUUAACAGCACUUCUUAAUUAAUAUAUCAUUUAAAUUUUUUUAUAAUCUACUAUUAAUCAAUUAAUUUUUUUCACAAUUAUUAUUUUGUUAAGUAUAGUAAUUUUUGUAAUAAUUAAUGUUUAGUUUAAUUAUAUUACUGUGAUAUUCAUAUACUUCCGAGUGUAAUGUUAACAUAAUAAGUUAGACAUAUUUUGCUUGUUUACUAUAAUUUUAAAGUAAAUUAUAUUUUUAAAAAGAUGCUCACAAAACCACAACAAAUAUUGAAUUAUUGUAGUGUUACAUAUUUUGAACACAAAUUAUAAAAUCUAUUGUGGAUUAAUAAACUAUAUUAUAUUUUUAUUAUACACCA